AUGUCUGGCUGGCUUGGAAAGAAAGCGAAGGACGUGCUCACGCCGUCGCGUUCCCACACACCCGUUCCUUCUCGUUCGACUACACCUCAGCCACCAGCACAAUAUCUAAGCCCGCGAACAUCGAGCUCUGGAGAAAGAACUGGAUUGCUUACAAUUCGUGUGCUUGAAGGCAGAGGCAUUACUCUCCCUCCAGAUGUAUCAAUCCCUCCCUCGGUUGAAGAGGCCGUCAAAAAUCAGCCAGCGCAUCAACGAAAGCCCUCAAAUGCUCGUGAGAGCAUUCAACGCCGCAGGAUGUGGUGGAUCCCCUAUUGUGUUCUUGAGUACGACAAAAACGAAAUCAUGAUUGACGCCCUGGGUGGACAGCUAUCGUCCCCGAACUGGUACUCGCAGGCUGAUUUUGACGUAUCCCGUACUUCGGACAUCACGAUCUCAGCCUAUCUCCGGACUCAGCCCGUGAUUUCCGGACUCAGCCAACCAGAUAUGGGGAACGACAUACUUCUCUCUCGUCUCGACCUCAGCCCCGCAUUGGAAGCAAAUGCCGUGUCUGAUCAGUGGUAUCGUGCUACCUGGGGUACUGGAGAGUUCCGCCUGCACCUGUCGUUCAAACCAAUACAUAAUGAAACGUUGACUAUAGACUCCUUUGAUUUAUUGAGUCUCAUUGGGAAAGGAAGUUUCGGAAAGGUUAUGCAAGUUCGAAAAAAGGACACGGGCCGUAUAUAUGCACUGAAAACAAUCAGAAAAGCUCAUAUUGCAUCUCGACCUGGGGAAAUCACCCACAUUCUAGCCGAAAGAACAGUGCUGGCGCUGGUCAACAAUCCUUUUAUCGUCCCUCUCAAGUUUUCAUUCCAAACUCCGGACAAAUUAUACCUUGUCAUGUCCUUUGUGAAUGGGGGGGAACUGUUCUAUCACCUACAAAGGGAAGGUCGUUUCGAUCAGUCCCGCAGUCGAUUCUACGCUGCGGAGCUACUCUGUGCUCUCGAGCAUUUGCACUCUUUCAAUGUUGUUUAUCGGGAUUUGAAACCGGAAAACAUCCUUCUCGACUUCACAGGUCACAUAGCGCUAUGUGAUUUCGGUUUAUGCAAGCUCAAUAUGUCGGAGGACUCGAAAACGAACACUUUCUGUGGUACCCCCGAAUAUAUUGCACCUGAACUCCUCGAAAGCAAAGGGUAUACAAAAACCGUCGACUGGUGGACUUUGGGCGUCUUAAUUUUUGAAAUGCUGACCGGAUUGCCCCCUUUCUACGAUCAGGACGUGAACAAAAUGUAUCAGAGAAUCCUACAUGACACUCUCCGCUUUCCAGAUGAUAUGUCUACAGAAGCGAGAAGUAUCAUUGCAGCGCUUCUGAAGCGUGACCCAACUCAGAGAUUGGGUGUGAACGGAUCAAACGAGAUAAAGAAGCAGCCAUUCUUCUCCAAAAUAGAUUGGCACAAGUUGCUUGCCAAAAAGAUUCAGCCACCUUUCAAACCUAGUGUCACCGGACUGAUUGACGUGUCAAAUUUCGAUCCAGAAUUCACAUCGGAAGUAGCAGCGGACAGUCUCGUCACCGACUCAAACCUGUCCGAGACUGUGCAGGACCAGUUCCGUGGAUUCACUUACAAUCCAGCUAACGAACAUCUUGCCGAGCAAUUUGGCAGUGUUACGUCUUAA